ACGAUGAACCAUGAUGAGAUUCAACCUUGUAAGUGAGCCGGAGAUGGUGCUUUGGCUGACAAAGCCAACGCCAAAUUCAUCCAACUUCGGGAAGCUCGCCUUACACUUGAUAUAUCUCCUUGGAUGUUUCAAUUUUCGCAACGCCGAUCCAGGCUCCCAAAGCUAGUGUGCUCUCGACCAUUGGUGGGAGGCGCAUCAAGGUGCAGCAUGUCUAUAUGGUAGGGAGAGUUACCAGUCGAGGCUGCGCAACCUGCAGGAAGCGGAAAGUGAAGUGUGAUCGAGCAGAGCCGGAAUGCUAUGGAUGUGUUAAGGCCGGCUGGAGGUGUCCCGGUUAUCCUGACCGCUUCGUUUUGGCUCGAGUCGGACAUGAUAAGAAAGAUGGGAUGAAGACAGUUCACAAACCACAACGUCUUAACGGGUACGCGGAGUUAUCUCCUCGAUGGAUGAUCAGCUCAAAUGCGGACCUGCUUCGAAUGGAGUUCAUCUGGAAGUUGGAAGCCAACUUACUCGCUGCCCGGCUACCAAUGAUGCCAACAACUCACGUCCUAAAGCAUGUCCCCCAGAGAAUUGGUCAGAGUAGAGCUCUAGAUGAUGCAGCAAGCUGUAUCGUUCAGCAAUCGCCCGAUACUUCGGCCGUGAACAGUCUCCAGGGUCGAGCGUUAUACGUGAAGGCAUUGCGAAGUCUUCGCAUAGCUCUAGGCGACCCAGUUCAGCUUUGUAUGCCAGAGACUCUGACAGCAGCGGCCAUACUCGAAAUGUACGAGCAAUAUGCCGAUCAACCGAGUCACAACUGGAUCAUCCACGCGCAAGGCGUGGUGAAGAUGUUGCGAUACCGCGGAGUCGUCAACAUUUCUGAUGCCAUUGAAAAGGCGAUACUGGAAGCUCAAGCCGGCAACGUCUUCAUGUCCGCUCUGGCCAUCGGCGUCGAAAGCUUCCUCGAUCACCCCUCGUGGUAUGGCAUACUGAUGCCGUCCACGGCACCCAACGGGCAUCUAGACAAAUUCAUGCGCAUGACGGUCGAUGGUGCGCGCUUUCCAGGCAUCGACGAUCUUUGUGACGAGCUUGUCCGUCAAUGCUCAUUGGCUCCUAAUACGCCUGUUCAGCACAUGCAAAGAAUGAUCUGCUCGGCACUGGAGAACACACUACGCCUGCGUGAGCAGCUUAAUCGUCAGCUCGAAGGUGGGCGAACAGUUUUGGGUCGUCUUGACAUGUGUGACGCAAUGGCGACGGCCGCAUAUGCCGCCAUCGGUUUCUUCUCAAUAAUCACUAAUACGGUGCUACUGGGCCUCAACAACCGUUUCGUCCGUCUGUCCAAUAAUAUACCCACGGCAUUGCCUGCUGGGUUGUCAGAAAAGGACCUGAUGAACGAGCGUUCGCGGACACUCGAGCUCGUGACGAAACGCUUCGAAACCCUCGCCACCGCAGAUCCAGAUGUUAGCCGCGCGGCACCUGCAGCCCUUCGUGUAAUGUUAGGGACCGUUCUGGGACUCAACGACACCGGUGUCAAGGGUAGCUACGAAGCCGGCAUCCUACUUUCCGUGCUCGAGGCUGAGCUGGGACGCCACUCGCGGAUCUUGAACACAUGGUAAUCAAACAAUCACGACUACCAUGCUGAUAGUCUGUGUUCAUUCAUCAAAUCCAGUUCUAGCUAAUCAGCAGCCG